AUGGAGAGCCCCGAGUUUACCGCCGCCAUGCGGAGCCACGGCUCCAAUGGAGGAGGAGCUGGAGGCGGCCCCAAGCGCAAGCGCAGCCUCCUCGACAGCAGCCCGGGCAGCGCCCCCGACCACGACCGCCACCACGACGACGACCUCGACCACGAUCUCGAUGACCGCGACGAUGACUCGCCCGAGACCAAAGGCCGCCGCCUCCCCGGCGUCAAGCGCGCGUGCAACGAGUGCCGCCAGCAAAAGCUACGAUGUGAUGUCGUACAAGACCCCUUUCGCAGCUGCUCCCGCUGCAACCGCCUCACCCUAGAGUGUAAGAUCGAGUCUAAUUUCAAGCGCGUCGGCAAGCGCUCCAAGCAUGCCGAGAUGGAAAAGGAGAUUGAAAAACUGCGCCGCUCCGUCCAGGCCGCCAAGGCACAGGGCUUCAUCGUGGACGACAUCGACGACGACCCCAUACACUCGCAGCUGCAGUCACCCGUCGUCAACAGCCAGUACUCACACACACGAAACCCCUCGCUCAUGGGCUCCGACGAGGCCGUGUCGUCGCUGCUUCACCUGAAACGCGGCGGCUCGUACAACUUGCCGCGCAUCGUCCGCGAGCUCGAGGACUUCCGCCUCACCGAGGACGACGAGCGGGAGCUGUUCAGCCAGUUCUUCACCUUUUACCACCCCUUCCUGCCUUUCCUCAACCCCGCCCAGACCCCUGACCAGUACUACCAACAGCACGCCCUGCUUUACUGGGCCAUCAUAGCUGUUGCCAGCCGCCGCUUCACCCAGGACCCCGCCUGUCUAACCAAGCUGUCGGGGCCCCUGACCAGGCUGCUCUGGACCACGGUGGGCGACGUGCCUCAGAGCUAUUGCGCAGUCAAGGCCCUGUGCCUGCUCUGCGCCUGGCCCCUGCCCACGAGCACGUCAACGUCGGACCCCACCCACAUCCUCUGCGGGGUCAUGAUGAAGACGGCCACGGGCAUCGGCCUGCACCGGCCCAAUCACAUCAACGACUUUUCCCGGUUUCCCGUAGAGCUCAAUAAGGAUGGCCUGCACGAUCGCAUCAAGACGUGGGCAGUGUGCAACAUUGUCGCCCAGACCAUCGGCACCGGCUACGGCCAGCCCGCCUCGACGCUUUACGACUGGACCCUCGCCGUCCGCCCCGGCGACUCGGGCCCCUUUACCCUGGGGCCCGAGCUCGAGGCUAGGCUGCAGAUAGAGCGCUUCUGCGACAAGGUGUCUAAGGAGAUGUACAGCAACGCCAGCGAUCCCCGCGGCGUUGCCGGCGACGAGCACCGCGCCAUGCUUACGCGCGUCUACCGCCGCGAAUAUAACGAGCUGCAGGCGUCCAUCUUGUCGCAGGACCUGUCGCCCGUCAUCAACCUCCACUUGAAGGCGGCCGGCCUGCAUUUGCGCCUGGCCGGCUUCUUCGACUCGAGCAAUACGCCCGGCUACGUAGACGACCUGAUGGGCCUGUGGCGCGCCACGGCCGGCUUCCUCGACUACAUUCUGGAUGUCGAUCCCAUGUGCCCCGAUAUAUUCCAGUACCAGUUCCGCGACCAGUUCCUGGUUAAGUACGCCACCAACUACAUGCAGCAGAUGCUGGUCGCGGCCGGAUUUGCAUUGCUCAAGCUUCUGAGGUCCUUCUUCUCCAAGUACAUCGAUUUCGAGCGCGGCCGUGACCUUUUCCACAGGACCAUCCGGGCCAUCAGGACAACCAGCGUGGUGCAAAACGACCUCUACUGGAGGUUGGCCGAGCUGAUGGUCCAGAUCUGGAACGGCGCCCGCCUUGAGGGCACCCAGCCACCGUUCCACCCGGCUGACGACAUGGGAAUCGACGUUGACGAUAGUCUCCAGCUGAAAGUGCGGUGCCGACACAGCAUGAGCCUCGUCUUCGACUCGAUUUGGCAUUGGAGGGAAGAGUACCAAGCCAGAGGCCGAGGUACACUGGACGCUUCUUCGACUCAUUUGGACAGCACCUUGGCGCCCCCGUCCCACGGGAUCCCGGCCGCUCUCAGCAUGGCGACUUCCAAUGGUGCAUUGACUCCAAAUGCGCUAGGAGGCCCGCCGGCCUCUCUCCUAAGCCUCAGCUACCCAGACAACGGAUAUGAUGUUUGGGACCCGCAACACUGGAUGUUGGAUGGCCUACUAGACUUCAACUACACAUUUGUCCCGCCUAUCGAGGGUGCUUAG